GUGCCGACAGUCAUGGGUCUGGUUUACUCCGAGCCGGCCUGUCAGUCAGCGUACGAUGGAGACGUCCAUCAGCUGUAUCAGGUCUUGAAGACGGAUCCGACUGACCUAAACAUCCAGGAGGAGCACAACGGGGACACCCCUGUCAUUGCGGCCUGUCGCCACGGCAACCUGAGGGUGGUCGAGUACCUGCUGAAGAACGGGGCCGACGUCCACCUGACCAAUAAGAAGCAGAGGAACUGUCUUCACUACGUGUCCAGGAGAAGUUUCUCUCUGAUGGAUUAUCUCAUGAUCGCCAUCCUGAUGCCCAUCCUGCUGCUCGGAUACUUCCUCAUGCUGCAGAAACAGAGGCAGCACGCGGCUCUGAUGAAGGCGGUCCUGAGCAGCGAAGUCAACGUUGAUGCCGUCGACUACAAAGGAAACACAGCUCUUCAUUACGUCUGUCAGAGGAAAAACCAUCGUGUGGUUCCUCUGCUGCUGGAAAGGAACGCCAACGCGAACAUUAGAAAUAAAGACGGAGAAACGCCGCUGGACAUCGCCACCAGGCUGAAGUUUAAAAAGAUCAUUAUCCUGCUGAAGAAGACACACUGACAGGAAAUCAACGUCACUGUAAAUCUUAUUUUAUUGUCUCAAAUGUUACUUCAGAAAGAUUUCAAUGUGUAGAAAAACAGAGCUAACACUUUUCAAAUGUUAAUCUUAAAGGAGCAGUAUGUAACUCUGACCCCUAGUGUUUAAAAUGUGUACUGCAGUCUAAAUUCUAAACAUCAUAGA